AAACUCCUCUGCCAAACGAGGCCUCAAGAAAAAAACGAGACGCGCCGAGGAAACCCUCGCGCAUCAAUCACAACUGCCUCCGCCGCCGACCAUGGCGGGCGCUCUCGCAAUCGCGUCCGCCGCCGGUUCUUACGACCGCGAUUGGGCGGGGCUGCCGGAGGAAAUACUCCUGAUGUUCAUGCGGGAGCUGGAGAUCCCCGACCUCGUCCGCUCAGGUGCUGUCUGCGCCUCGUGGCAUGCUGCUUACCUAGCCGUCCGCCGCCAUCGCUUCCCCCUUCCAAUCCCCCGGAAUCAGCUCCCCUGCCUGCUCUACGCAUGCCGCAACUCCGCCGCAGACAGCGCCGUCGUCUGCUGCCCCUUUACCGGCGAUUCCGUGCGAGUCCCCCUGCCGCAGCCCCCGCUCACCCGCCACUCCACGGUCGGCUCCGCGCACGGCUGGCUCUCACCGCCGACGAGGCCUCCAACCUCCACCUCCUCAAUCCAAUCACGGGCGCCCACGCCGCGCUCCCGCCCAUCGCCACUCUCCACCACGUCGAGAGCUGCGCCGACGGCGAAGGCCGCCUCAUGUACAACGUCUUCGACAGGGGCGAUCCGGAGCCGACCCCCUUUGAGGCGCGCGAGGCCAGGGACUGCAUGUACCACCGUGUCACCCUCUCCUGCAGCCCGGCGGCUGGGAGCGCUUGCAUCGUGCUGCUGGUGCACAUGCCGGUCGGCGAGCUCUCUUAUGCCCGGCUCGGCAACGAGCGGUGGACGUGGAUCUCCCCCGACGACCACCAGCUCAUGAGCAUCAGCUGGGGCUUCAUGGACUCUUUCUACAACGAGGAUGAUGGUUUGUUCUAUGUGCUUCGCAGCCACAGGUCCGUCUUCACCCUGAAUUUCAAUGGGCCAUCCCUUGUUGUCAAAAAGAUCAUGCGAAGAGUUAGGAAGGGAGAUGAUCCUUCUAGCAUGUACAUCCUGCAAGCUCCAUGGGGUGAUAUUUUGCAAAUAUGGAGGUGGAGGAGCUACACUGACUCCUCAACACCUGUGGAGCUUCCUAGAGAUCUGCUGGGUCACAACGAAGAUGACAUAGACCGGUAUAUUGAGCUGAGAACAACUGAAAUUGAGGUCUAUAAGGUUGACCUUGAGAACCAGGCACUUGUGAAGAUGACAAACUUAGCGGGUCAUGCACUAUUCCUUGGUUAUAAUAGCACCAUGUGUGUUGCCACUAAGGAUUUCCCAGCAUUGAAGCCGAACUGUGUCUAUAUCACAGAUGACUCUUUUGAGUAUGUCAACAUGUGUAAGCAUAACUGGCGAGAAAUCGGAGUUUGGGAUAUAGAAAACAAGAGCCUGCAGACUUUUGAUAGUGAUUUGGUUACUAAUUCCUGGAUGAACUGGCCUUCUCCGGUUUGGAUAACACCCUCCCUGUUCUAGUAAGUGACUUUUUAUUAGUGAUGCCAUUGUAGACCUUGCACACUUGUUCUUGGCUUUGAUUAUUGUCAAAAAAAAUUGUUGCAUUACAGCUUAAUAUUUUGAGUUUCUGUCCCACAAUUAUAUAAAUUCUCUUUCUAUAUAUUAAGUUAUGAACUUUUCCCUAUGUAUCACUGGAUAAUUUUUGGAUUGAUUAUUGUCAUUUUUUGUUCUAUUAUAUUAUAAUAAUUUGAGUUUCCCCCACAAUUAAAUCAAUUUUCUCUAUAUAUUAGUUCCAAUGUACUCCCUCCGUCCCAAAAUACUUGUCGGAGGAAUGGAUGUAUCUAGACGUAUUUUAGUCCUAGAUAGAUACAUCCAUUUUUAUGCAUUUCUCCGACGAGUAUUUCCGGACGGAGGGAGUAUUAGUGGAUAACAAUUUUGGGUUCUCUUAACACCAUUCCAUUAAUCUCUUGUUAGAGCCAUGUAGUUUAUGUAAAGACCAGUCUAAUUCGUGUUUGGGACCAGAGUGAAUGGCAGUAACUUCCUAUUCGUGUUCGUCACCAAAGUGAAGGACAGUAAUGACGACUUUUCAUGUAAUUUAACAGAAUUCUACUAACAUAAGGUUUUUACACACUAGUAUUAAGAACUCAAAACUUGUAUGCAGUGCUAUGUAGGAAAUAACCUGUUUUUCAACGGUAAUAUUCUUACUAUUUGAACUAGUCAUCAACCAAUGCAGAUGGAUGUGCUAAAAUUUUCAGUAAUACAUUAACUGUAAAGGAGGUUUAUUUUAGCACAAGGACGUGCUUUUAAAAAUUAUUACAGCUAAAAACUAUUACCGCCACUUCCUAUUAUGUCCAAGUUGUGGUCCUUGCUAAUUUCUUCGCACCAAGUAAAUUGAUCUGUUAUACGCUUUGGUCCUCAGCAGUAAAUGGAGUUUCUUCCUUGCCAUGAAUGGUGUGGUUUGCAAUCUAAAAAAAGAAUAAAAAUCAACCUGAAUAGCUUAUUAUGGAAGAAUACAGAUCUUGGUAUUUUCAUUAAAUUAAAAAUACCAAAAUGGUAGCACAGGUCAGCAUCAUGGUGUUGAAAGUUUUUUUUAUAAAGAUACAUACAACAGUAGAAUUCAGAGGAGAUGACACCAAGCAUGCUCCUCUUUCUGAAGCAAACUUCUUGUCUAUGUACACAAUGGUAGAAUGGAAUGGGCACUGGUAAUGCAAUGAUUCAAGGGUUUCUACUGAGCUAGAUAUUUAUGCAGUAUGUACAAACCAAAGUAUAUAAUACAUAUAACAGAUGAUUAUGUCAUUGAGAAAAGCAACUUGAGCCGGCAAUUCCUGUUUUGUGAUUGGAACAUUGGACAGGCAAAAUCUACAGUAUCCGCUACAGCUGCUAUUGCUAUCAACUCCAGCCUCCAUAUUGAUGCUCUGCAGAAUCGUGCCUGUUCAGAGACUGAACAUGUUUUCAAUGAUGCAUUCUGGGAGGUCCUUGAUGCUGUCAAGAGACUGAACAUGUUUUCAAUUAUGCAUUCUGGGAGGUCCUUGAUGCUGUCAAGAGACUGAACAUGUUUUCAAUUAUGCAUUCUGGGAGGUCCUUGAUGCUGUCAUCAAUGCACUUGAUAAUGUCAAUGCUAGGAUGUACAUGGACAUGGUAUGCCUGUGCUUCCAGAAGCUACUCUUGGAAUCUGGAACGCUGGGCCCGAAAUGUAAUACAUAGAUGGUGAUUCCUCACCUUACUAAAAACUAUGGAGCUUCACGAGAUCCUCCCGAGAAACAGGCACCAAUGUGCACAGUUCAUUCUUUUCCGCACAAUAUUGACCAUUGUCUAAUAUGGGCUCGCUCAGAGUUUGAGGCUCUGGUAGAGAAAACCCCAAAUGAAGUGAACUCAUUUAUGUCUAAUCCUGCUGAAUGUACUGCUGCUAUGAGAAAGGCAGGUGAUGCUCAAAGCUAGGUAAUUAUUGGAGCAUGUACGUGAAUGCCUUGACAAGGAGCGGUGUGAUAAAUUUGAAGACUGCAUAGCCUGGGCAAGAUUGAAGUUUGAAGAUUACUUCUUUAAUCGGCUGAAGCAGCUAACAUUCACAUGUCCUGAAGAUGCUGCCACUAGCACUGGUGCUCCUUUCUGGUCUGCCCCUAAGCGUUUCCCUCCCCCGGUGCAAUUCUCAGCUGUUGAUUCAUCUCACAUUCAAUUUAUACUGGCUGCUUCCAUAUUGAGAGCGGUGUCUUUUGGGAUCCCCAUACCGGACUGGGUGAAUAACAUGGGUAAUCUGGCCGAUAUGGUAAGUAAGGUUGCAGUGCCUGAAUUUGAGCCAAAGAGUGGGGUUAAGAUUGCAACAGAUGAGAAGGCUACUAACCUCUCCAGUGCCUCAGUUGACGAUGUUGUUGUUAUCGAAGACCUGUUAACCAAUCUGGAAGCAUGUGCCAAGAAACUACCUCCAGGAUUCCAAAUGAAGCCUAUUCAGUUUCAGGAGGCUUGCCUCUUUUUAACUACUGAUGUGUUAGAAUAAGAAUUUUUUUUUCUUUGCCCUGGCUGUUUACAAAAAUCCUUGCUAGUUUCACACUAGAAAACAAACAUACAUCACUAACGCAUAGGUGCAUAUUUGGCAAGAAAAAACAUCAACAGGGACUAUGUGAUUCAGUCACAUUUCUUUCUGCUAUGCAUUGAGUUCUACUUCCUCUGUUCUGAUUUACUUGUCAUGGUUUUAGUUCAAAUUUAAACUAAAACCACGACGAGUAAAUUGGAACGGAGGGAGUAGAACUUAGUUGCUAGUAUCUGUUUUCCCCCUUGUUGCUAGUAGCAAUCUACUCUCCAUUUCUGCCCAGAUACAUUGAGGAUAAGUAACUUGGUAAUUCUUUGAGAACGAGUUUUUUUGGUAUGCUCCUCUCCACCUAUCCUUCCAUGUUGGUUUAUAGAUGACGAGUGUGCACAGAAUUCCCGUGGAGAGAUGUUUGAAACAUGUGUAGUGAUCGCUUAUGGUGUUAGUGGCCAUCUCCAUAGCGUUUUGUGUGGGUCCUUCCGCUUUGUUGUUGCAUGCCAGGCAUUUGCAAUUGUGCCAUGCUGUCUAAUAUUUUGAUGAAUGAACCAUAGCCUGUUAUCCACUCGGUAGCAUUGGAUUGAUAUUUUGGGGUUGCUUCAUGAUGUGUUCAUUGAGUCAUUACAAUUUUUGUUUACCUCAUACCUCACUGCAACCAUCACUUUAUUCUUCCUCACAACUCUUUAUCCCUGGAGUUGAGCUAUGAACAUAUUGUUGUUGUGGUUAAGCAAAACUGUAUCUAGCAGCUUUGCAUAUAUUUUUUUUUCAACUUGGCUGAUCCCUUUUUCAUUGCUUUGACAUAACAGAAAUACAAAAGCUAGCCAGUUCGUAGCCAGCCAGUUGCAAGCGAGGUUCAAGAAGCAGGAAAGGGAAAAGAGCCGAGUUCAGCGCACCGCUGGGAAGCCUGCUACAUGUGCUAAUCGAAACGAAUGCUAUGAAGUGAAAACUUAACGGUAACAAACACUCCCCUCCCGGUGGUGGGGAGGUGCGGCGGUGUUGGUGGUGGCCGGAAUCGGCCGGAUUCAGUGCGGCAGCGGCAGCGACAGGACUUGGCUGCAGGGGGCUGUCGGAAGGUGGCAGU